AUGGCGUUGAGCUUUGAUCUCUAUUUUCGUUGUGGUGGAUAUUGGAGCAACAAAGACGAAUAUCAUGGAGGGGAAGUUCAUGAAGCCGGUAGAAGAGUAGCUGAUGGCUUUACCUUGCAGUCGAUUCUUACACUUGUGGAAUACAUAGGCUAUGAAGAUAACAUGAACCAAGUAUCAUGGUUUCCACCUGAAACUCCUGAGAAAAAAGAAGACAUUACUGAUGAUGUGAUAAUGAAAAAAGUGGUUCACUAUUCAAUUGGAUCUGGAGCAAUGAUGUUGUUUAUCGUCAGAGAAGAUGAUCCUUAUAUGGGUAGGCAUCGUAAUAUGAGAGGCUCGUUGAAUGAUGCUGAGGAUGAAGAUGAUAUCGGGAAUGAGAGUGCUAAUGAGGAUAAUACGGUGAAUGACUCUUCUAGUAGUGAUUUUGAGACUGAGGAGAGAGGUGGCGUGAUAGAGCAGGACGAUGCUUUUGGUGUUAGUGAUAGUGAAGCUGGUGAUUCGGUAGUUGAUGAUAAUCCAACAAUAUUUAUGUUGGGGCAACAAUUUUCGAACAUAGCAGCUUUCAAAACUGCUAUAACGAAAUAUGCUGUGAGGAAGAGAAGGGAUAUCAAGUUUGAUAAGUCUGAUGGUAAGCGUGUUGUGGCAAUUUGUUCGGAAAAAAAAUGUCCGUGGAGGAUCUCAGGUUCUAUAAAUAGCAGCAGCACUAGAGUUGUAGUCAGAGCAUACCAAGAGGAACACAACUGCACAUGGCAGGGUAAAGUGUUUUUGCUGACAAAUAGUAGGAUUGCAGAUAUCUAUAUUGAGGAAUUCAGAAUUAAUCCCAAUAUCUCAGCUACUCAGUUACAGCAAAAGCUUCAAAGGCGCAACAUUAAUGUGUCAGAAACAAUUUGUGAAAGGACAAGGCUGAAAUGCUUGCAGCAGUUUGAUGAUGAGCAAGCUCAGUCAUUUGCAAGGUUGUUUGACUAUGUGGAGGAGUUGAAAAGCACAAAUCCUGGAUCUACAGUUGAAUGUGAGGCGCUUAAAGAUGGGUGGAAAGGUUCUUGUAGGAAGAUUAUUCACAUCGAUGGUACAUUUCUGAAGUGGAGAAUGAAUGGAAUGUUAUUAGUUGCUUGUGGAAGGGAUCCUAACGAGCAGACUUUUCCUAUCGCAUGGGCCAUUGUGGAGGUUGAAAAUAAAGAUAACUGGUUAUGGUUUUUUGAGCAUUUGGUCGAGGAUCUAGGCCUAGGACUUGGUAAUGGUUUAACUCUAGCAAGUGACCAACAAAAAGGUCUUAUAUUAGCUGUUCAAGAUGUGCUGCCAUAUGCUGAGCAUAGGAUGUGUGCUCGGCAUGUCUACUCUAAUUGGAAAAAGAAAUAUGGUGGAGCUGUGUUUGAAGAUCUAUUCUGGGGUGCUGCUGAUGCUUACUAUAUGGCACGUUUUGAGAAGAAAAUGGAAGAGCUGAAGAAGAUUUCAGUCGCUGCAUAUGAUGAUUUGAAGAUUUCUCUGUCUUGCCCGUGGUCAAGAGCAUUUUUCACAGAAUACUCAUCUUCUGUGCUGUUGAGAACAACUUAG